ACCACUUAAACUUUUAGGCUAAUAUAAAUGUAUUAAAGCGGAGUGGAGUGGAUUAUCUCGUAUCAUGUCAAGGAUUUUGAUAUCGAAAUAGCCUAAUUGUUCACUUUUUGAGACAAUCUGGGGUUUUUAUAACAGUCGGAUAUCCCUGCUACUACUAAAAUGGUAUAAUCGAACCGUAGCCUAUUGAAUGGGAGUGUAGACUGGACUCUUCUCGUAUUAUGAAAAGGUUUUGCUGAAGUUUGGUGGGUUGGUUGGUUAAACAGGGACCAUGUCGGGAGUUGUGCGGAGCCUGAGCCGCUGCCUGCUGCCGGCCGAGGCCACCCGAGAGGCGGGCGGCAGCAAGGACAGGAUCCGGGAAAGGGACGCGGUGCAGGAGCGAGAGGCUCGGCGGAGGAGCCGGGAGAUUGAUGCCAUGCUUGCACGAGAGAGGCGCGCGGUGAGGCGGCUCGUGAAGAUCCUUCUCCUCGGCGCUGGAGAGAGCGGCAAAUCGACCUUCCUCAAACAGAUGAGGAUAAUUAAUGGGAAAGAGUUCGACAAGAAAGCUCUACUCGACUUCCGGGACACAAUCUUUGAGAAUAUCAUAAAGGGGAUGCGUGUAUUGGUGGAUGCACGGGACAAGCUGGGGAUUCCGUGGCAGAACUCUGAAAACGAGAAGCAUGGCAUGUUUGUGAUGUCAUUUGAGGGGCGUGGUGGAGUGGCGGUAGAACCAAUGGAAUUCCAGCUUUAUGGUCUGGCGCUGGACGCUCUGUGGAGGGAUUCUGGAAUACAGGACGCCUACGCACGACGCAGUGAGUUUCAACUGAGUGAGUCGGUGAAAUACUUCCUGGAUAACCUGGACCGGAUUGGCCAGCCGAACUAUAUCCCGAGUCGGCAGGACAUUCUGUUUGCACGGAAGGCGACUAAAGGAAUCGUAGAACACGACUUUAUCAUAAAGAAGAUUCCGUUUAAGAUGGUUGAUGUGGGGGGUCAGAGGUCACAGAGACAGAAAUGGUUUCAGUGCUUCGACGGAAUCACAUCUAUACUGUUCAUGGUGUCAUCAUCCGAGUACGACCAGGUUCUGAUGGAGGACCGGAGGACCAAUCGGCUGGUAGAGAGCAUGAACAUCUUUGAGACGAUCGUGAACAACAAGCUCUUCCUCAACGUGUCCAUCAUCCUCUUCCUCAACAAGACUGACCUGCUGGUGGAGAAGCUAGGCCAGUCUGACAUCACUAAACACUUCCCAGAAUACAGGGGAGACCCUCGCAGGCUGGAGGAUGUACAGGCGUUCCUGGUGCAAUCGUUCAGUCGUAGCGGGCGUAACCGUGGGAAACCUCUGUUUCAUCACUUUACCACGGCGAUCGACACGGAGAACAUCCGCUUUGUGUUCCACGCUGUUAAAGACACCAUACUGCAAGAGAACCUCAAAGACAUCAUGCUGCAGUGACACACACACACAUUAUAUAUACACACACACAUUAUAUACACACACACACACACAUUAUAUACACACACACACACACACAUUAUAUACACACACACAUUAUAUACACACACACACACACACACACACACACACACA